GUGUGAACAAUGUUUUAUGUACUAGGUAUAAUGCAUAUGAUAUUGAAUAGAGCGUUGAGGCUCAAUCAGCCAAUAUUACCUAGUGCAACAAGGGAUUGGAUGGUACCUAGUAGCUCUGACCAAUUUGCAGGGCUCUUAAAAAAAACCGGGGAAUCAGCGGCCAACGAUUACGAAACGUCGAAACAACAUUGAACAUUUCGAAGCUAGACACAUCCAUCAACAACAACCCCUCCACAUAUCGCAUUUUCCCAACACCACAUUUCAGCAACUCGCAUAUAAUUACCGAAAGCGCAGCUAAUGAAGUUCUCGUCCGUUUUCUCCGGCCUCGCGGCCCUGGCUCUAGCCAGCUUCGCCAGCGCCGCCGACCGAACGGCAGCUAUCUACAUCCAGCCCGUCACCCGAUCGCCCGGCGCGCCAGCACCCCUCGCGGAAAUCCGCUACGACCCAGCAUUAGCGGCAGCAACAGCGGACGCGGAAAUCACAUCGUACGAAGCGCCCGAGAUACCGGAGGAGGCGCAGCUGGUGCGCGUCGGGGUGUACGACCCGUCGGCGAAGCGGUGGACGUCGUCGACGUCGGUGGCGUCCGCGGACAACUUCGCCAAGGGAUACUCGCCCACGCUGAUCCUGUCCCUGGACGCGAAGGGGGACGUGUUCGGCGCGGCGCUGCGCGGCGUGCGGAUCGACGCCGGACAGACGAGGGAUUUCGGUCCGCAGGUUCUGGUGCGGCCUACGCUGCCUGGGAAGCAGCCUGAGCUGAAUAAGCCGGUUGUGCUGUCGCCUGAGGGAAAGAAUGUGGAGCAGGAGGAGAGGAGUUUCUUCCAGAAGUAUUGGUGGUUGAUAGGUAUCGUUGUUUUGAUGACGAUGGCUGGAGGGGGCGAGCAAGGCAAAUGAUAGUUUAUACGACUAUAGCAAUACUUAAUUCAGCAACAUCUGGCAGAAUUUCUUCCAAAGAUGUGAUCCAUCGUCCUCAUCUUGAUAAUAUGGUCCAUGGAUGCUCUCUCAACGCUUCCUUUAGUCUACGAAAUUACUCGAUAUAGAACAUGCUUCGGAUGCUGAAGUAAUCCUAUAGUGGGAAGCAAUUCGUCUGAGUACUCAAUAUUAUCAAAACGCCUACC